UGUCUGCUGGAAAGCUGGGAAAGCUGGAGGAGCUGUCCACCAACACGGUGCUGAAACAGCCAGACGCGGAGCUUCACGGUGCAUCAAGUUAUUCUGCGUCUGCCACGUCCAAAGGAUGGACUGGUCAAUAAACACACUGCCUUUGCCUGAAUAUGUUGAGCUCGGGGUCCAUUCACUUAGUGGCCUUCUCUGGACUCUGCUUUUCCUGUUUCUGUGGCACUGCUACCGGAUUGGCUCUGACCUGCCAGUCCCAGGCCACGCUGGAAAGUUAAAGUCGGGCUCACGGCGGUCAUUGAUCUCACGUAGUGGUGUGUGUAUGGGAGCAAAAUGUAGGUCCAAGUUGUCCAGGAGCGAUCAAAUUGCUCCUUUCAUUUCCAUGGAAACAGCAAAGGAUGAGGAGCAGGGACAGGGCUACCUCACGCCAGUGCUGAGUCAUGCCUCGUUUCCAGCCCAGGCAUCUGCAGAAGCCAAAAAGCUGUACGCAGCACUCCAAGAGUACGCCAAGCGUUACAGUUGGGUGGGCAUGGGCCGCAUUCAUAAAGGCCUUCGUGAGCAGGACAGACUGAAUGAUCUCUCCACCAUACAGAAGCCUCAUCUCUUCUUUCUGCCAGAUGUCCCAAGUGUUCCUUUUUUCCCACGUGAUGCUCAUCGACAUGAUAUCGAGGUCUUGGAAGCUAACUACCCCGUCAUCUUGGCUGAAUUUCAGGCUGUUUACCAGAGAGGCAUCGACUCCAAAUCAGGCUGGACCUGUCUGGGACCAAAGAGCCAGGCUGUGUUUCCCUUGUACAGCGCAGGUGUCUGUGUGGCAGAAAAUUGUCGCUCCUGUCCCUCCACAUACCGCACACUUCUUUCUCUGCGAACAUUCAUAAACAGCAACUCGUUGGGAUCUGCAGGGUUCUGGCUGCUGGGCCCCGGAGCUGUACUGGGAAGCUCCUACGGACCAACAAAUACACGCCUGCGCUGUCACCUUGGUUUGCAGACUCCCCCUUCAUGUGAGCUGGUGGUGGGAGGGGAGCCUCAGUGUUGGUCGGAGGGGCACUGCCUCCUUCUUGAUGAUUCGUUCCUUCACACCAUCUCUCACAGGGGUUCUCCAGAAUCUGGACCCAGAGUCAUUUUCAAUGUGGACCUGUGGCAUCCAAACGUGGCUGCAGCCGAGAGACAAGCUUUGGACUUCAUGUUCAUCCCCGACGUCUGAGUUUGCCCCUGCACUUCCUGUGAGCACCGUGCAGGGAUGCCUUAACUUAGCCCUGCUCGUCCUGUAUCACGCGUCUCAUUCCAGUCAGCGAAUCACUGUGCGAAUCCUCCCUCAGUAAUUAGAGAAGCCAUUAGCGAUGCAUUCAGGCAGUGUUGGCCAGUUGGUCCACGUUUGUAAUAAAUGUUCGAACUGAAUUUUGCUGUUAUGUUUCAAUGUUUGACACUGAUUUAGAAAUAGAAACUGACGACACCUGGAAGCACAAACAGCAGAGCUGGGGUUAACUGCAGUACGUUUUAGCACCUUAAUGCCAUUUACUAUGCUAAUGUGUGCAUGCAAAGCCUCAGAUAUAGUUAGUGGUCGUAUCUGAGCUGUUGUUGCAUGUGCAUGGGAACCUUUAGAUACUCAUAUUUUGAAAUUUUGUGUGACUACUGAUGAUUAAACCCAAACAACUUUGAAUACUUAAAUCAAAAUGACAUACACACAUACAAUCUGAUUAUAUUUUUAGUUUUCUUUACUAAUUCUCUAUGUUAGUUUCUUUGUUGUUACAUAUUUUAUGUACAGUAAAAUGUCAAAAAAAUAUAUAAAUGAGAGUUGGUGUCAAGGAUGUCUUUUUCUUGAAUAAAAAAU